AUGACAGAAUGGUUGUCUGAUUCAAAUGAAGUUCUGACCUUGCGUCUAGUCCGGGCACAUGAAGAUGACGAGUUAUUGAGAGGGGAUGAAAGACAAAACGUUCAACCUUUCCACCCGGAAUUCACUUAUCCGAUAUUUGGAGAAGAAGAAAAGAUAUUCGGGUACAAAAAUCUAGACGUUUCUCUGGAAUUCUCAUCAGGUUCACUCCGUCAACAUCUAACCAUCUCCCAUUCAGCCCAACUCUCAUCAUCCGCCACUCCACCAGACGAUAUAGAAGGGAUAUUAUAUAAAUUCAUCCCUCCCGAUUAUUCGAAAUCUUCAGAAGAUUUCGAUCGGCUGGUACAAGAAGACUCUUUGAAGUUCAGACCUUUGGGAGAGAAAAUAGGAGAAUAUUCGAGACCUGCUUGGAAAGCAAAGGGUAAAGGGAAAGGGAAGAAAACUAAUGGAGCUGGAACUACGGGAUUGAAUGAGGAAGGGAAAGAGGGGGAGGUGAACUUUGAGAUGUACAAGACCACUUGGAACACCCCGGGAUUCAGAGAAUAUCACCGAAGAAUGCAAAUCUUUAUUCUUUUCUUCAUAGAAGGUGGUAGUUAUGUUCAUGAAGACGAAGAUGCGUGGGAGUUUAUAACUCUUUACGAACGUCGAACGCGGUCCACAGGAGAGGAAACGUAUCAUUUCGUUGGAUAUACAUCUGUAUACCCUUUUUGGUGUUAUCCUGAUAGUGUGAGAUUAAGAUUGAGCCAAUUCGUCAUCUUACCACCUUACCAACAAUUAGGACACGGUUCCGCCCUUUAUUCCACAUUAUAUCAACAUGUUCUUUCCCGUCCUGAAGUCGCGGAACUCACAGUGGAAGAUCCAGCGGAAGCGUUCGAAGAUUUAAGGGAUAGGAACGAUCUUCGAUGGUUGGUCAAGCAAGGUGUACCUGAUGAUCCUUUAUUUGGUCAGAUUGGUGGUACGAGAGCUGAGAGGGUGAAAUGGGAGAUGGGAUUGAGGAAAAAGUAUAAGAUUGCUCAGCGCCAAUUCGAUAGAUUAUUAGAAAUGUUACUUCUACGUCGAUUAGACCGAUCUGAUCCGGUCAAAGUGAAAGCUUAUCGUUUACACGUCAAAGCGAGACUUUACAGAUUCAAUUAUGAAAUGUUAUGUCAAAUGAGUUUAGAAGAAAGGAAAGAAGCUUUGAGUAAAACGUACGAAUCUGUUAUUGAAGAUUAUGAUCGUAUCCUUUCCAUCACUUUUUGA